AUGCAGGGUAGUAACGGAAAGUGGAAUGUCUCCUGUGCCAGAUCUGAGGAAUGGCCGUGUGGAGAACAGCCACUGUCACACACCAUUCCCUUCAAUCGAAACUGGAUCGAUGUCCUUUCUCCUCCAAUGAGCUUUGCCGCUCUGGUCGCACCACGGGACGGAAUACUUCAGAUCUGGAAGAAGCAGGAGACCAAUAAAUCCUACUCAUACGAAUGA